CUGAAGCGGAUUCAGCCUAGUGAUGAAGUUGUCAUCACAUCCUGAAUGAAUAAUAUAAAACUGGAUGUCUUCCUACAAUAUCCUCACGCUUCAGACAGACUGUAGUGCGCAGAUAACAGCCUCUCGACAACUCUUUCAAGAAAUCUUCAGCUUUAUUUGCAACCAUGAACUGUAAAUUAGUUGCCGUAUUCGCCGUCUUGAUUGUCGUCAUGUUGUCGGAGACUGACGCCCUGCGCUUUCGAUUCCGGGGCAGAAAAAUUCUUAGACAGAUCAAGAAGCCGCUGUGUAAUGUUGCUUGUUCCUACACGUGUACAGCGGUUACGUCAGGGAGUGGGGCUCCAGUCUGCACACCCGUCUGUCACAACAUCUGCAGAAGAGUCAGGCGAUCUGGAGAGGGCCAGGAUAACACAUUUACAAUCCCAUACCCAAAGAACUUCGCCGUGUACGACUCAAACAUGGAUGAUUUCAUCAGUAUUGAUGAGUUGGCAGAUGUUCUCGAUCUGAGUCCUUCUCACCCAGGCGUAAUUAAGACGUUCGAAUACGCCGAUGCCAACGGAGAUUCCCUUAUCAGCCAGUCCGAGUUUCUGGAAGCACCCUGGGUGUUCGAAACCGAUGACGAAGAUGUUGAAGCCGUUGACAGCGCAUGAGCAGUAUAAGCAGUUGUCCGACCACGCCCUCUGUCCCUUCAUCAUAUAUUUUAUACAUUCCAAGAAACACGAGAUUUCUUUUGACUAACUGUGAUACUACGAUUUGACUGAAUCGUCAUUUGUAAUAAAAUCGACCAUUUCC